AUGGCAACAGAUUCACUUCCCACAAGUCUGUCCCAUGCGUUAGGCUCUACGCUCUUGAGCACGCGUCAAUGUGUCGUGCAACUUCCCUCAGAUAUCGCGGUCGGCUCUGUUAUUAUUGGUGGAUUUACAGCCUGCAUUAUGACCAAAUAUGCUCUCCAUCAUGCCUCCCAACACCCCGAACUGCAGAACCAGGUUGACCUUCGCUACUCUGAAGUUCACUUCCACCGUCCGAUAUUUGCCUCAACGUCAAUUACCCUGACCUUGCGAGAGGUGCAUAUCUCCAAAGAAGGGUCUACCCUUUAUGUCGAAUCACUCCAGAAUGGCAAACUCACCACUUCUGCUCAUAUCAGAAUCACCAAACCAUCAGUCGCAGGUAUCACGCUUCCAGUAGAUUGGCGUCUAUCCCCUAAGCCCUGCCCAGUCGACCUUACGAAACUCGAGACAGACAAUGACCCCAACUGGAUCUCCUACCACUGCGCCUUCUACCCCACAGGAUUCCGAAGAGGUCAGUCUUACGCCAAGAACUUCAUCCCGAGGGCACUGCCCACCGAGUUCGCAUACAUUGAGCAAUGGGUUGAACCUGGCUGGGACUAUCUUCCACUAGGCUCUCGGCCCUCUGGAACCGGCCAAGGCAAGGCAAGGUGGACCAAUGACAUGAUACAAUUCGUGGGAGACAUGGCCCUUCCUAUUCAGGAGAACUAUAUGCCACAUGAAGAGGGGGAGCCGUUGCCGCUGGGGAGCAUAGCGGCCACGCUCGAAUUUGCGAAGCGCCAGGAGAAGGCCCGCAAUGAAUCACGGAGCGAUUGGAGAGUUCUCGAUGAUGACGGCAGCAACGAAUUUCGGGGCAAAGUGCUGAAUGUCUCCUUGACUCUCUCUACGGACAUCAAGCAAAAGCUUCCCCCUGAGGGUGUCCGAUGGCUCUAUCUGCGGACUGAAUGCAAGAAAAUUAUGAAUGGCCAGAUGGAUAUGCAGGUUCUCAUUUUUAAUGAAAGGAUGGAUCUCAUUGCUAUCAGUCGUCAAGUGGCGGUUCUUGUUCCCGCGAAGUCGAAGAUUCAGAAGUUGUGA